GUCACCGCCGUGAUAACACCGUGUAUUAUCUUCCCAAAUACCUCUUGAUUUCCUUUCAUUAGUUUUCCUCCUAUAUUUCAAGAGAAAAACCCUAAACCUUAAACCUUAGCAAAGCAACAAUGGCGGACGUCGUUCAGCUGCGAUUAGAGCGAAUGCUCUCAGACCUAGACGACCUUGAGAAAAGAGGGCUUUUUACUCGCGCUGAAAUUGGUGAAAUUGUUAAACAAAGAAGGAAAUUUGAGUAUAGAUUGCAGAGACCAAGUCCUUUAAAGCAAGACUUCUUAGAGUAUAUUGAUUAUGAGAAACAUCUUGAUAGGCUUCGUCUUCUACGGAAGAAAGCUAUAUCUCGCGACCUUAAAGAUAAAGGCAAUAAGAAGAUCAAGAAGUCGCGUUCUGAUGUUGCCGGUGUUCGAUGGAUUAUCGAGCUUUAUCGCAUGGCUACUGCCCGCUUUAAGGGAGAUCUUCAGCUUUGGUUUCAGUAUCUGGAUUUCUUGAAAGAUAGGAAGAAUGGCGGGAUGAAAAGGGUCUUGGCUAAAGUGAUUAGAUUCCACCCCAAAGUUCCCGCGGUUUGGAUCUAUGCUGCUGCAUGGGAAUUUGACCAUAACUUAAACGCAAAGGCUGCACAUGUUCUCAUGCAGAUGGGAUUGAGAUCUUGCCCAACUUCUGAAGAUAUGUGGGUUGAAUUUCUGCGUAUGGAACUUACUUGGCUUAAUAAAUUAAAAAUACGUAAAGUUAUUUUAGGGGAAGAUAAUGGGACUCUGGUUCGUGAUGGUGAAGAUGCUGAGGAAAAGCAGUGGCAAGAUGAUAAUAAUGAUUUGUACAUGUCCCUUGAAGAGAAAAAAAGUGCUGAUGAUAAUUUGGAUAUUCAAAAGGAAGAGUCAAGUAAGAAGCAUGAUGUUUUCCGUGAACAAGGUUUUAUGCUUUUCAAGAAAAUAUAUGAAGGUGCUAUUGAUGCUAUUCCAUCUAGUUUUAGUCUGAGAAAGAAAUUCCUAGAGAUAGUGGGAGCUAUGGACCUGUCACAUUCAAAAGAAAUGCAAGCUGAGAUAUUGGUUCAUAUGAGAAGAGAUUUUUCAAAAGAACCAGAAUAUUGGAACUGGCUUGCUCACAUGAAAUUAAAAGAUCCACAAACUGCUCCAGACAUAAGUACAGAAAGUGGACGUUCCCGGGUGGAUGAAGUCAUAAAGGUAUAUGAAGAAGCUUUACAAUGCAUGCCAUCAGUCGCAAUGUUUGACAUUUACGUAAAGUUUUUGACAGAUGUCAUUUGUCCAAAAGGAGAAGUUGGACAUUGUGGAUAUUAUGAUGCUUUUAAGGAUUCAAGAGACUAUACGUUGCACCUGAUCAAGGUCUAUGAAAAGGCAGAUUCCUUGGGUUGUCUUGAUGAAGAUCUUGCCUGUCAGUAUGUAAUGUUAUACAAGAACAUGGGUAAUUAUGAUGAAGCAAUGAAAUUAGCACAGAGUUUCUGUGAGGGAAAAUAUUCAAAAUCGAGAAAGUUAUGGGUUCUGAGUGUCACUGAACAAAUGAAGCACACUACAGAGUCUGGUACUCCUUGUAAGGCUCAGCUUUCUUCUAUUGUUGACCUGUUGAAAAGGAUGAUAAAAGAAGUAGCUGUUGCUGAUGCCGAAGGCCUCUGGGUCAUGGCUUUUCAACUCUUUGCUGAUAAUCGAAAAUACUUCAGAAAAUUGGUGGACCUUGCCAUGGUUUCAUUGACAAAAGAUGGUGUUCGAGAUGAGGGAUUUUCUCUCUCAGCUUAUCUCAUAAACUUUGCUUGGCAGAACAAUGGAGUUCAACCAGCAAGAGAUUUGUAUAAGCGCAUUCUUAAUUUACCUAAUCCCGGAGUAGCAGUAUAUAAACUCUGCAUUGAGCUGGAGGUCACAUCUGGUGAUGAAGGUCUUUUAAAUGCUCGUAAGUUAUUUGAAUGUGCACUUGCAACUUACAAGGAGGACAUCAGUCUGUGGCAAGAAUAUUAUUCGAUGGAGAUAAAGAUGGGUACAUCAGAAACAGCUGGUGCUGUAUAUUGGCGUGCAAAAAAGACGCUUGGAGAUGCCUUGGUCCUGGCUUCUUUGGUACAAUAAUGGUUAUUCGAAAUCGAUGAUUUUCUUUUCAAGUGAGAAAUCAAGAAUUCACACAGUAAGAGCUGGUCUGAAAUUUUGUUGAGCAUUGGUAGUUUAGAAUUUACUAUUUUAUGAGUAACAAGGUUAAUCAUAGGUAAUACAAAUGUUCGAGCUAAAUAUUGCCUAGCCUUUUGUUUUCAGUGCCUUCAAGCUAGAACCCGAAUGUGUUUGCUUCACGAUGUGGAACGAGCUCCUUGAUGUCAAAUGGUUCUGCUUAUGAUUUUUCUUCUAGAAGCUCAUUAAUCUUGUUUCUGGUGUUUGUGAUUGACUAGUUGUGCUUCAUAUGACGAGGCUAAGGCAAACUAAUUAAUCUCGUGUUAGGGAAGUAUUCUUUUAUUACAAACAUGUUUCUUUAAAUGGUGCUUGCACCAUUUUUUUGAAUUAUUCAUAAAUUAUAUCUGUAAAGUUCAAUAUUUAAAUGUCAGUUUUUAAAUCAAAAAGUGCAACAAUUGCAGCA